AUGGAACAGAUUAAAAAGAUUUCGCCACUGGAUGAGCAGAUCUUAGAAGAGUUGGCAGUGGACGAAAAGGCGACAAAGGAGGACAUAGCAGAUGAGAUUGAAAGGAGUGGCCGUUUGAGAGCGGACGCAACACAAAUACUGGCGGCCAUCGAAGAGCAACUAGCAGAGCAAGGCACCCCUCCUCUACCACCAAUGACACCACAGCACGUGCAAGCGAGUUUAAAUCUAAGCCAGAGUAAUCAGAGCAGCCAACAGAAGGUGGUGCGAGCGAAGCUCCCAAAGUUGGAAGUCAAAAAGUUCAAUGGGAAACUCUGCAAAUGGCAGGAGUUUUGGGACUUGUUCGAAAGCGCCAUCCACCAGAAUGAUGGGCUCUCAAACAUAGACAAGUUCUCGUACCUGAGGAGUUUGCUAAUGGAACCAGCACAAUCAGCAAUCGGUGGGUUUGCGCUGACAUCAGCCAACUACGAAUCAGCAAUAGAACUGUUAAAGAAACGCUAUGGCAGGAAGAUCAUUAUUCAGAGAGCACUUGUUAAUGAACUGUUGAAUGCGUGCUCCGUUUUCAAGGAGAGUGACACGCUAAGACUGCGCAGCCUUUACGACUUCGCAGAAACAAAGUAUAGAGCAUUGCAGGCCUUAGCAGUGGAAGAACAAAGCCACUCUGAAGUUGUCGUCCCAGUGCUGUUGAAGAAGCUUCCCGACUCCAUCCGACUGACCAUCACACGAGGAAAGGAGUACUUGCAGUGGGCGUUGGGCGAUAUGUUGAAGGCACUCCUGGUCGAAGUGGAACUGAGAGAAGACCAUUGUCUGACGCAACACCGAGUUGGAUCCGGCGAUGAAAUAAAAGAACCCUUUACCUCCAGUGCGCUGUUCACCCCAAAGGGACAAGAUCAAAGAUGCGCGUUCUGCCUUGGGAUCCAUCCUCCUGAGGAAUGCAAGGUCACGAACAUUGAGGAACGUAAGAAACUUUUACUUAAAUUUGGUAGAUGUUUCAAAUGUAUUAACAAGGGCCAUCACGCCUGUGACUGUAAGGUCACUGUCAAAUGUAAGAAUUGUAAGGGUCCUUACAACACGUGUUUGUGUGACGGAAAGUCUCAGAAAGUCUCAGAGGGGGAUAACAGUCAACCAGUAGCAAGUAGCCCAAGUAGUUUGCUCGUGGGUACAGAAAGUAAAAUCGCUCUCCACACUGCCCAAGCCUUAAUAGCGGGAAGUGUAAAGGGUAGGAUGAGAGUUUUGUUUGAAUCAGGGAGUCAAAGGUCCUUUGUGACAGCUAAGGCUGCAAGAAAUCAUGGCCUGGGAAUUGUAAGAAAGGAAUGGGUAGCUAUAAAUACAUUCAGACAGGUAGUUAAGGAAUCAGGAUUGAUGGAAGUCGUUCAGUUUGAUAUAAUGCCUCUACGAGCCAACCGUUCGCUCAGGCUUGAAGCAUAUGUUGUGCCAGAAAUAUCCAACAUAAGCAACGAGCACGUAGAGGUCGUCAAAAACGACUACCCACAUUUGCGUAACCUUUGGUUUUCCGACGUUUGUUAA